AUGCAUCUCGGCAAAAAAGCUAUUCUGAGAGAGGCAGGCCCGGUAUCACCGCGAAACCCAUUUGCUCUUGUGCUCCCCCGCAGGUGCUCAUGCGGACUCUCAUCGCCACGCGGCCCCUGCCUGUGCGGCUCGGGCUCCGGCUCGCUGGCACUACUCCUGCUGCAGCAGCCACGGCAGCUUCAAGGGACACAUUUGUUCUAUGAUUACGCAGAUGCUAAAGAAGAAGAAUUUGAAGAUUAUUUGGAGGAAUUGGACAGUACAGGGCCUACCAAGCCACCUAUCAAAACAAGUUUCCAAAGGCAUACCAUCAUUUCUCCUGGAGGUCCACUGACUGAUCCAAGCUACUGUGAUGAUGAAAUAAAGAUGAAAAAUGUCCACAACAGGUUCCACUGUGUCAAAGAACAUUUCUUCAUCCUAAUAUCAUAUAAGAAGCUGCAACAGGCCUGUUACAACCUGUUUGUGCAAUGUAAGAAUGGAGUUAAGAAAUGUCACAGGAGCAAGCAAUACAUAGAAGCCGUGUAUUGUAAUUUAAUGGAAGGAUCCUUGAUGUCAGACUGUGUAUACACAUCUGCUUACCUGCAAGGAUUUGCCCUGAUCACUUGUCGAUGGCAAAAUGACAUCAAAGAAAUUGUUCCUGUUCAUGUAAAUGGUAUUAUGGUAAUAAAUCACUACCAGAAAAGCCUCAUGGACCAGGAAGGUAUCAGCCUUUAACCAUGCUAGAUGAGUGCUCCCUAAGAGGUUAGAGCAGGAGAAUAUAACCUCCAUACUGAUCCUUACAGGUCACAAUUGAGAAUGGUAAAUUUAAUCAUUUCAUUUUAAUCACCUGCCUCCUUCCCUCCUUCCCCUGACACCACACAGGCAUCAUGGGCUAGGUUCACAGUGCUCUGAGAUGUGAUUUCAAACAGGUCAUGUAAUUCAGCACAUUCCGAAUGUGUCAUGAGGAUAGAUGCCUGUAGGGAAAGAAUACCCAGCACCAAGAGGAAAAGGAAGUGAUUGCCUUAUGUGUGCUCCAAAGCUGUGUUCAUGCAAAUCUCUAGUUCAAUAGAAAUAAAGUGAAUUGAACUAGUCAAGUGUCUCCAGGAUGGUUACGUGGGGUUUCUGGGUUUGAAGUUAUUUUUCUCUGUGGCACAACUUGAAACAAAUGAAACACAAAGAACUCAAAGCCCCUUGAAUCUAUUUAUCCAGUUUAGGUAAUAAUUAAAAGAAAUCCCUUAAUAUCUUUAUUAUUCCCUGUAACUGACUGAAAUGGGUUAAGGAGCAGUGAUAGGGGAUGGUAGGGAGAGUGUCUGCUGCUCUUGCACAUUUCAGUCUGCUCAUCUCUUCCCCUUUCCCUAUGCUUGUCUUCAGACUCAGAACUAAGGUCCUACUUUAUCAAUCAGUUGAUGUGAAUAAGGACCUAGGGCCAAGGGCUGCCAGACCCUGUUUCAGUGACUAAGGGAAGAACACCAGAAAAUUGAGCCUCUAGAUACCAUUAUUCACUUGAAAGCUCAUGGCUUUUAACUAUAAUGUCUGAGUGAAUGAGGAUCCCAUCAGACUUUUGGGAAUCUCCACGACACCCUCUAACAGACAACUUCCUGUACAUCAGUUGAAGAGGUUAUUCACAUAAGCUAGCCUGGGUCUGGGUUAUGGACCAUCUCAUCUGGGUCAUGUUCAUCUCAUCAUCUUGGGGUUAUGCAAUGUGUGAUACAUUUAUGAGAGUAUGGUAUAGUACAAUAACUAAGGCACGAAAUAAUCACAGUGCAUCUCCUUCUCUCCAGAUAAAUGAUCUAAUCCAUACACAUUCUAGAAUUAGAGUCAUGGAAAUACCACAAGGACUAUUCAUGCAGAUUGUUCCUUUUAUCUAAUAUUGCAUAAGAAGGUCAGAUCCUUUACACAGUGGAUUCCCUAAGAUAGAUCAAAACUAUAAUUUUUGGAUUUCCCCUUUAUAAGAUUUCAAGAUUAUGGCCCAGUCUCUAUCAGGAUCCUCUCCUCAAUGAUGUCAAACCAAUAAGAUGAACAUUGUCCGUAACCUUGAUUUACAUCACAGUUUAUUCUCUAUGUUAGAGUC